AUGGCAAAUAGUGCUGGCCAAUUGGAGACAAACGAUUCUUUUAAUGGUGAAAAUAUGCCAUCAAUUAAACUCGUAGAGGAAGAACUUUCCGAACGCAUCAUAUUUCCAGAAGAAUUGAAUAAAUUUUUGCAGGAUCGUAUUCGUGAUUUAACGGCAGAGAAUGAAUGUUUGCGACGAGCAUUUGAACAAACGGAGGAGAAAUUGCGGAAACUGUCGCAAGAAAAACAGAAUUUGCAAAAUGCAAUGCCAGCUGAAUUGGCCACGACAAAGCUAAUCGAACUUAGCAAGAAAUAUAGAGAUCGAACGGCCGAAAUGGAAGUUUUAAAGACAAAAUGCAAGAAUUUAGAAGCCACUCUAAUUAUCAAAGAUGACGAACUAGAACGCCAAAGAAAAGAAUUACAACAGAUUUUUAAAUCUGAAAUACACAAGGAUUCUUGCAAUAAAUUAGUCAUUUAUUCACAUUAUUUAAUCAUUUUAUAUCUUUCAUGUGAUUGCAAUGUCAAAGAGGAUGAAAAUCUAGAUAAUAUAAAAGAGAAAGAUUCAAGCAAUUCAUUGGGCAGAGGUGACCAAGAACGAAUUAAAUGUUUGAAGAAUAAAUUGCAACGAGUCCAAGCAAAACUUUGUGAAUCCAGAAACACGUGUGCCGCUCUUAGGCAAGAGAUUAAUAAAGCACAAAAGUUAUUGUGCAGCGAGGUGGGUGAAAAUGUCAGUAUUAGCGCGCUUUCGAGCGUACCGGGUGGUUGGCGUGGACGAGCUGAGCAAAUCCGGAAUCUACAACAGAAAGUGGCGGAAUUGCAGACGAGAUUGUCCGAAAACGAAAAAUCCCAGAAGGAAUCCUCUGAUCGACAAAAUCUGACGUGUCUACGGAAUGUUGAAAGGGAAAGACGGCAACAAAUGGAAAAUACAGCGAAGGAGCUGAGACAAGCGGAAGUAGCAUUGGAGACCUCGAAAAGGAAACUCGACGCUUUCAAGGCGAGAAUAAAAAUAUUGGAACAAGAACUGAGUAUUGCAAAGGGGAAUAUCACGAUGCUGAAUGAAAAGAGAUCUCACGACGAUCGUCUGGUCGACGCACUCAACGGACGAUUAAAGAUUUCUGAAGCGAGGUACCAAGAACGCGAGGUAGAGGUGCAAAAUAGGGAACACAAGAUUGAACGUGAGAGCGCAAACAUUAAAAACGAGCUGCGAGCAACGCAGUUGCACGUGGAGCGAUUACGCAGGAGAUUGGAGGAGCGCGAGAUUGAGAUCGACAAACUGAGAAAUGGCACGAUGGACGAGUCUUUCAAGUGCCGAACCUCGCUCCAUCCAGAUUUCCGACCAAUUGGCGAACGAUCGAUCAGUCCGAUUGAUAGUUCACGAAGUUUAGGCGAACCAAAUGAAUAUGUGACUUUGGCUCUGGCUGCUGAAGCUGAACGAGUGAGACUGUUAGAAUUAGUAGCCGUCCUUAAUCAACGGCUGGACAAGGAGAGAAACGAAGCUGACGCACUUGCAGAAUUGCUGCGUAAGGAAAAGGGUAAGUGUGCGAAAUUAGAAUCGAAGUUGCGAGAUUUAGAAAAAGAGAAAGUGGGACUUGCUAAAGUGAAUACUGGAUAUAGAGCAAAAUCUUGCACGAAGUCAAUGUCGAGUGUACGAGGGCACGAAGAAACUGCUAACCCCGACGAAGUUCGCUACAAAAUCGAAUUACUAGAAGAGGAGUGUCUGGCAUUGAAGGCCAGAUUAGAUACCGUGCAACAGGAUAAAGCAUCGGAUCUCGCCACGUACAAGCAAAUGCUCGAGCAAACUAGAAAGACUUUUAAAGACGCGUGCAGGCGAUCGAGUCAGUUGCCUGCGAUCAGAAUAGAUGUAGCAGCAACAAAGCCGCGGUAUGGUGAUGUAACUGGGACACGAGAUAAGGUGCAACGCCUCCACGUAAACCCGCGUGACACCGCCGGAGUAAAACUCACGGUUUCGUCUCCACCUCAUUCCUCUCCGUUCCCUUAAAGUCGCCUCGGUGUUUGCCUCGGUCGAGUCGUUUACUUCUGCCAUUGAUAUCACACGUGGCGGCACCGCGGCCGUAAAUUCAUCCCGCUUCUCAUUACCCAAGAACAGAGUGAGACGACUCUCAACUUUGUCUUCUCUCGAAUCUAGAAGUUCGAAGGAUAUUUGCAUGGCUAAGAUCUAUAAAUCGCGAUAUCAUGAGACAAAAAUGGCAAAAAAAGAAUAUAUAAAAAUUUCAUGCAGCUCUCUCAUGCACUCUAUUAUGCGAAUAUAAUUUUAGAUAUUUUGUAGCUAAAAAAUAAAUAAAACUUUAUUACUAAAAUGAAUGGUUUAUAAUCAAGCAAAAAUGAUUAAGCUCGUAUGCAGAUAUAUUUUACGUUUCAAUGUUUAUUAAUAUUCAAAAUUUAUCGAACGUGUUUUUGUACUUUGGUCAUAUCUUGUUUUUGAAAAUCAAUUCAUUGAUUAACGUGCAUUGAAAUUUCUUGUGUCCCAUUUAACAUUGUAGCUAACAUAACAAUAUUUCCUUGGUAUACCCAUUUUACAUAACAUCUCAUCAAUGGCUACGCGCGUUUGCGGAAUAUAUUGUACAAUCCUGACCAGUGACA